AUGGGGAAUAUUGACAUUGAAUCACUUGAACCACUGAGGCCAACUGAAGAAGAAGAACAUACUCUUAAUGCAUUAUUUAGUUAUAAGGCUGCUCUCAAAGAUUCAGCGUUCUACAUUACUACACCUUCACCGACAGUCCAAAGAUAUUCUGAUCAAUUCAAGCGAAAACGACCAAAUCAUUCUUUAAAAGAUCUAAAAACAGACUUGAAGUUUUUUCCUGAAGAACUACGGAUUAUUAAGAAUGAUUCGCUAGCUUCGACCAGUGUACUCAAAGAAAAUAAUAAAAGGGUGGUGGGUGGUGAGGAGGAGUUUGAGAAGUAUGAAGAAGAUCAAUUACUACAAGAAGAAGAUGAAUAUGGAGAUGCGACUGAUUAUGUUGAAAGUUAUUUUGAUAAUGGCGAAGGUGAUGAUUUGUAUGAUGACAGUGGUCAAAACGAAACAUAUUUCGAUUGA